UAGUCAAUAGCCUAAUCCAAUAGCCCAAUUCAAUUCUCAAGCCUCAACUCAUCGCCUCUCUAAGCCCUAGUCCGCAAUCGCACAAUCCCCCGGUGAACGUCGGACCUCAGGCGACAGGUAAACCUCACCAGACACUAAUCAAAUUCCAGCUUCGACGCUUUACCCAUUGUAGACUCGUAGUAGACAUUCAAGGUUCAAAAACUCUUCAGCAUUGGCGGCUAAGCUAUCGUCACUUUUACUCUGAAGAAUCUCACCUUUGAAUCGAAACUGUUUCUGCCGCCGGAGCCGCCAUGAGUGCCGACAGUGAAAAUGGUCCCCAAAAUGUGUCGUCCUCGAGCUCCCAAGAAGCCGAUAAGCCACCGAUCGAACCCAUUCGCCUCCCAACAGUCGAGGAAAUUCGAGGCCAGGACAUUUGGAACAACUGCGCCGUUCGCAGCGUCUCCAGCGGCGUCAUGGGAGGGGGACUAGGAUUGUUCAUGGGUCUGUUCUUAGGUGCACUGGACAAUCCUAUAAUGCAAGAUGAAAUGACUACCAGGCAACAAAUUGUGUUCCAAGCAAAGCAGAUGGGUCGGAGGAGUUGGAGCUCCUGCAAGACCUUUGCGGUUAUGGGUUUCAUUUUCUCAGCUGCUGAAUGUGUUAUUGAGAAGGCACGAGCGAAGCAUGAUACUACAAACACAGCAGUUGCUGGAUGUGUAACAGGAGGCACACUAUCAGCCAGAGGAGGUCCAAAGGCCGCGUGUGCUGGUUGUGCUGGCUUUGCUGCAUUCUCAGUCGUGAUAGAGAAGUUCUUAGAAAGGUACCAUUAACAAGUUGCAGAUUCAUACAAGGACACAGAGAGUUGUAGCCAAGCGAGAUAUCGUGACUAGCAUCAUUCUUUUUGCCCCAACAUUAUCGUUGAUUAAUUUUUCUCUCCUUAGAAAAGGGACCUCAUUGAAAGUGUUAUGUACCUUAAAGAUCUCGUUUUGACUCUACCAUUAGCACAACUUCUCCCUGGUCUGGGGAAAGUUGAGGUGAUCAAAUAAAGCUUUGAUAAACCA